UAAAUACUUUUCUUAGCUUUCUCCUUGUGCACUUUUUCCCAUUUGUUUGCAGUAUUCUUGUCCUUUUAUUAGUUUCUCUCUCCAUUUUCCUCUAAUAUUCCUCUUCUUCUUGACUAAAAAUUCAAUUUGUUUUGUCCAUUUUGCUUCAAAUAAAAGAUAGACUAAAAAAAAUGUAUCAAAACCAGGAGUACCCUUUUCCAUGUUUGUGUUGCCACCCUCAAAGUUACAUUAGAAUGGUACAAAAUCUGAUAGAGAGGUGUUUGGUUCUUGGCAUGAAUAGAGAUCAAUGUGUUAAGGCGCUAGCUAUACAUGCCAGAAUCCGCCCACUCGUAACAUUAACAGUGUGGAGAGAGCUUUUGAAGGAGAACACGGGCUUCUUUCAAGCUUAUUUCAGCAAUAUAUCUUGUCGAGGACUUAAGCAGGCGUAAUCAAAGAGGACCAGGAUUUGGAAGAAGGAAACAAUAUUGGAAAUGAAUGCAACGCGAUGAAUCUUUAAUAUUGAAGAACUUAGGUUUUUCUGGAACUUAUUAACACAUAAAAUUGUUACGAGAUUUCUAGAUA